AUGAAAGCAGUAGUCUUCAAAGGCCCGGGCAAGGUUGUGAUUGAAGACCGCCCAAUUCCAAAAAUCAAAGACCAGACUGACAUUAUCGUCAAAGUUGACAAGCCAUCAGACACGGACUUCGUCAUGGGUCACGAGUUCACCGGCCACGUCCAUGAAGUCGGAUCGGCUGUCAAGAAUCUGAAAGUUGGAGACCACGUCGUUUCGCCCUUCACAACCGCUUGUGGAGCAUGCUUCUACUGCACCCGUGGGUUUUCAUCUAGAUGCGAGAAGGUGCAGCUGUUCGGCAGUGUGCCUCUCGACGGUGGCCAGGCCGAGUAUGUACGGGUCCCCCUUGCGGACUCGACAGCCGUCAAAGCACCACCGGGCAUCAAAGACGAAGCUCUAGUUCUGAUGGCAGAUAUCUUCCCUACUGGCAUGUUCGCCGCCAAGAACGGCUUCCGCCACUCCACUCCUGAAGAAGCCAAGGACGCAGUCGUGGUAUUGAUCGGAUGCGGCCCCGUCGCUCUCUGCGCCCUCGUCAACCUCCUCGACAUUGGUCCAAAACACAUCCUCGCCGUCGACUCCGUGCCCUCGCGCCUCGAGCUUGCAAAGUCCCUCGGCGCAGAGCCUUGGAACUUCCAGACCGACCGCGCCGGACUCGAUGCGCGUGUCAAGGAACUCACUAACGGCCGAGGUGCAGAUGUUAUUGUUGAAGUCGUUGGUCUGAGCCCUGCAUUGCGCAUGGGCUAUGAGCUUGUUAGGCCUUGGGGUGUGAUCAGCAGUGUGGGCGUGCACAAUGGCGAGAUCCCGUGGACUGGGAACGAGGGGUAUGGAAAGAACAUCAGGGUGCAGAUGGGUAGGUGUCCUGUGCGGAGUGUGUUUGAAGAGGCGUUGGAGAGCUUGAAGAGACAUCAGGAUAAGUUGGGAUUCAUGGCGGACAAGAUCAUGCCGUUGAGCCAGGCGGUGGAAGGGUACGAUAUAUUCGACAAGAUGAAGGUGCAGAAGGUUGUGUUUGAGGCGCAGAAGUAG